UAAUUGAAACCAACCCUAAGCUCUGUUUUUCUCCGUUCUAAAGGUAGUCCUGAUUAUUGCUGACUUAAGCAUCGGAGUGUCUACCUCGAGAUCCAUCUCGGGGCUUUGCAGGUCAAUCUAGAGUGCAGACACGGACUAAGAAAGGACAUCUGGUUUGGUGUAAUUACAUUUGGCGCCGUCUGUGGAAAUCCGAACUGAAAGCUCUUUUGUUGCUCUCUCAUAAUGGUUAACACUCGAUCAGUCCGAGCUGGAAACUCAUCUCAGCCUCUUGGACGAGCCCCACAACAAAACCCUGAACCAGUUCAGCAUCCUCCUGCUCUUAGUGAAUCUCAGGGCCAGUCUCAUAUAGCACCAGCUCAACCACCUCUUCCUGAUGAUCUUGAGACUUAUGAUGGGACGAAGGAUCCCGAUGAUCACCUGCAUGCUUUCUAUUCUUGCAUGCAAGCUCAGAACGCCUCUGACGCGUUGAUGUGCAAAAUUUUUCCCUCAACUCUCCGAGGUAAUGCUCGAACUUGGUAUUACAGUCUACCUCCGAAGUUAAUCAGCUCUUAUACAGAAAUGGCAUCUGCUUUUGCCACAAAGUUUUCCAACAGAAGAUUCAAUGAUGCAGUAUUGGAGGUUAGCUCCUUCGACCAGGCUGUGGGAAUUGCAGCUGUGAUCUCAAGUCUCAACCAUGAGAGAUUCAGAGAUAGUUUGAUCAAACACGCUGCCACCACCUUUAACGAGGUGAAUGAUAGGAAACGGAUGAGGAUAGCACAGAAUCGAGGUUCGAUGCCGACCUCUACAUCGAGAUUCGGAAGGCCGAACUCAACACCCCCACAACAGUCUCCAGGAGGAUUGGAAGCAGGGGGGAUGAGCUCCAAGCAAAAGAAGUUGUAUGUCAGAGAGGUCAAGCACUUGAACCGAGCUCAGAAAAGGAAAAUUGAUGAUGCUGACUGGAAAGAGCAACCAAUCACUUUUACACCUGUUGAUUUUGAAGGGGUGGUAACACCUCACAAUGAUCCCUUGGUCAUCUCUAUAAUGAUCAACAAUUGUCAAGUCCAGCGUGUACUUGUUGACACUGGCAGCGCACUUGACAUCAUGUACUACCACUGCUUUGAGAGCUUAAGGCUUAACCCAGCUUUACUACAGCGUUAUGAUGGUCCCAUAUAUGGUUUCAACAACCAACCGGUUCCAGUUGAAGGAGUCCUAACCAUGAAUGUUGCAUUUGGAAGUGGCCGAAAGUAUGUGACUCCUUCAGUUCGGUUUCUAGUAGUCAAGAUGGCGUCCUCUUUCAAUGUUGUCAUUGGCAAGCCCACAUUAACAGAGAUCCGAGCUAUGGUCUCUCAAUCUCAUCUCUGCAUGAAAUUUCCAACCCCCUUGGGCGUAGCAACACUCAGAGGCAAUCAGGAAGUAGCUAGACAUUGUUAUCUCACUUCGGUCACGAGGCCACAGAAAGACAAAGACCAACCAGCAGAAAAUCCUCCCCAGGAAAUCCAUGACAAUCGGCAAGUGAUGGGGGUUGAAAUCCUCGAUAACCGACCUGAAGAUGAAACCUGAGCUGCUCCAGGUGAAGAUGUUGAAGAGGUACAGAUUGAUGACAGAGAUCCGACCAGGAAAACACAGAUAGGAACUCGGUUGAACCCUGAGGAGAGAGCAGAGCUGAUAACGUUUCUUCGAGCUAACAAAGAUGUUUUUGCAUG